UGUGAUUGGUCAGGGUAAAUCGCCUGAUUUUUAGUUGAAAUGUAAUCAAUAAAAAGCCCUAACAGAUUCUCUUUGUAAUUUAAUUGCGUUUGCUAACAAAAAAGAAAUUAUAAACCGAAUAAAUUCCGACUAAUGAACGUGUCGUAAUCACCCUGUCAUAAUCAGUAAAUUCCAAAAACAGCAAUUAAAGAUAAUUUCAGAAGGCGACGUAAAUAUUUCAAGUACUUGGCCAAUUUUGACCUUUCUACCUUAGUACCACUGGUGUCGUGAGCACGUAGCUGUCACGGUAAUUACUUGAUUAAAAACCCAACCAGUUUUAGCUAGAAUUUACCUUUCCCGAGACCACUUUAGCAAUAUAAUAAAAAUGGAAGACCACCCCAAUAUCCUUAAGGGAGAACCUUUGGAAAGGCUCAUUGAUAUGUCUUUAGGGCACCUCUUGAUGAUGGUACUCAGAAGUCACGACGAUAACAUCUUAAUGGUUGAUCCACUAUCGAAAGAAGAGCUACCCGCAAACAUUUUGUUGGCCAGGAGUAUAAAAUUGGCCAAAUGGUUAAAAACGCAAAACAUUGGUGUGGGCGAUUGUCUGUCUGUGAAUAGCGAGAAUCGGAUUGAAUUCGGUGUCACCGCAGUGGCUACAUUUUUAAUUGGGGCCACUUUUGCCCCUUUAAAUCCUGACUAUACUCCAGUUGAACUGAAACAUGUCCUCAACCUGUCAAAACCGAAAAUCAUUUUUUGUUCCGCAAAGACUAUUGAUAAGAUGAUAUCCAUUCGACCCCAAUACCCCUACAUACAAAAGCUGGUUUUAUAUGGCAAGGAAAUUAAACAACAGAACUCUGAUGUUUUUAUGUAUGAUGACAUUCUGCAAGGUGUAGAAGAAAUAGAUGAAUCUUUCGCCCCACCAGAAAUAGACAUACAAGAAACUGUUGCCACCAUAUUGUGUUCCUCGGGCACCACCGGCCUCCCAAAGGGGGUAAUGUGCACUCACGACAACAUGGGGGCCUUUAUAGACGUGGGAAGGAGCCAACUGCAGCAUAUUGCCCUUAAUGAUGACCCCAGUGACGCGAUGAUGGGUUUGACCCCGUUUUUCCAUUCUUUCGGUUUCAUGUUGAUGUUCCUUAAUAUCAUUAGGGGCAAGAAGAUGGUUGUGAUAAGGAGGUUCCAGUUGAAGAUGUUUUUGGACUCGAUCGUUAAGUAUAAUAUCAAGAGACUGAUAGUGCCGCCGCCGGUGUUGUUAAUUUUACUGAAAAAUCCCCUGGUUAAACAGUACGAUUUAUCUGGUUUGGAGGAAAUUAGGAGUGGGGCUGCCCCAUUGGGCAAAGAUUUGGAGAAGGAGUUGAAAAAUAGGUUCAAAGUGAAAACCGUAAGUCAAUCCUAUGGCAUGACAGAAACCACUUUAGGAGUUUUACUGAAUAUUGGUGAACGUGGCCCUAAAUUGGGCUCCGUAGGCAAAGUCGUUGCCGGAAUGAUGGUUAAAGUGAUAAACGAGCAAGGAGUGCCCCUGGGGCCCUACGAGGAGGGCGAGCUCUGCUUUAAAGGCCCCCUAAUCAUGAAGGGUUACGUGGGCGAUCCGAAAGCCACCGCGGAAACCAUCGAUAAAGACGGCUGGUUGCAUACCGGGGACGUGGCGUAUUACGAUAGCGACAAGUAUUUCUUUAUCGUUGAUCGGAUUAAGGAGCUGAUUAAGUAUAAAGGAUUUCAAGUGGCGCCGGCCGAAUUGGAGGCUUUACUACAGACGCAUCCGGCGGUGCAGGAUUGCGCCGUGGUCGGUUUACCGGACGAGGAUGCCGGCGAGUUGCCGUUAGCGUUUGUCGCCACGAAACCAGGGAAAAAGGUGAAGGAGGAGGAGCUGAAGAAGUUUGUUGCUGAUACAUUGUCCCACCAAAAACAGCUACGAGGUGGGGUGUUAUUCAUAAAUGAAAUCCCAAGAAAUCCAACGGGAAAAAUCCUUAGGCGAGUGCUACGCGAAAAAGCGAAGGAGCUAGUCAAAGUCAGGUCAAAAUUGUAACCUGCACCUAUCAAUUUGUGAUUUUAAUUUAUUGUUUUUAUGGUGAUAGCCCAAUAGAUUUUUAGUGGACCAAAUUGAGAAAUCUUUAGAGUUUCUUUUAUUCAUCACUGUUUUAAUUUUGAUUAGUACAAAGUUAUCGUUUU